ACUAAGUAUGCACAACAUCAACACAGGACUGGAAGGCCGACAUAUUCAAGUUUCUUCUUCAAGGCGCUACUAAUGUUCGAUGCCAGAACAGUCCCUCACCGUCCCUCAGCCCUGCAUCGCGUGUGCCAUUCAGAUCAUACUGUUGGAUAAGAUCAUGGGACAGCCCGACGAUCAGUCCAUCACGGGCAUUUAGAAACCGCGGGGGUUGGCAGUUCGCCGGUCAUGUUGCUAUAUCAAGGGUGUCUCUGGAAGCUAUAAAGAAGCUUGAAUCAGCCAAGAAUGAGACGUAAUAAAAAAGUCCUAAGCUCUUCUCCAAAUCUUUAAGACAAUCCAUCAUUCACCAUGCAACUCCUCAACUACCUUCCACUUCUUCUGGUCCCGGCCGUGGCCGCUAAGAGCACCGUGUACCUGAUUCGUCACGGUGAGAAGCCUUCCAGUGGCAACGGCCUCAAUGCCCAAGGUCUCCAGCGUGCCCAGUGCCUGCGUAACGUGUUCGGAAGCUCAUCUUCCUACAACAUCGGUUACAUCAUGGCUAUGACCCCAGACUCUGAUGGGUCCCGCGCUCGCCCGCUCGCAACUGUCCAGCCCCUUGCUACCGACCUUGGUAUCACCGUUGACACCUCCUGCGACCGUGACGACCAGAAGUGCGUCGCCAAGGUUGUGAAUAACUACACUGGUAGUGGAAAUAUUCUUAUCUGCUGGGAGCACGAUGCCCUGACCGAUAUUGUGGAUGCCCUGGGUGACAGCAAUGCCCCCAGCUACCCAAGUGCUUCGUUCAACCUGAUCUGGACCGACCCUUCCCCGUACUCUGCCAUUACUGCUACUACCUCUGAGAACUGCCCUGGACUUGAUUAGACAGAGUGAAUGAUGGGUUGUUGAGCGUUGAUCGCUCGGGAAAAUGGAUCACUUUUAGUUACCUUUACAUAUAAAAUUAUACAUAUGCACU